AUGUUAUGUAGACCUGAACAAUCGCGACCGCACACCGCAGAUGAGAUCAAGGCACGAAAUUCGACCAGACCAAGGUCGGCCACGAUUUUAGAAGCCGCUGCGCAAAACACAAGACCUGCCCAAACGAACAGGCCUCCUUUACCAAGCUGGUCUUACAACAUGCCGCAUCUAGACUGGGAUAGACUACCCCGAGAAGUGUACGACUGCAUUGUUGCACAAUUGGAGCAGAUCCAUCUUGAUCACGAUCGGGCAUGUUCAUCGUGCUACUUGAAAGACCUCUACAGUCUGUCGCUCACCAGUCGCAUGUGGGACAAAGCCGCGACUGCGCAAAUGUAUAGCAAGGUCGUAGUUCCUACCAACGAAGAGCAUGCUAGACUGCCCAAACUCAAGAUUGAAGGCACCGGUAGACUCAAACUCCUGCGAAGAACGCUCCGUGAGCGCCUUGCACUCGCACGAUGUGUGCGCGAAUUGCAUCUGUCGGACUUUCAAACACUAUACCAAAGUGCUAGCAUCGAGCGCGAGGAGAUUGUGAACUUAGUAGCGUCUCUAAUCAUGGCGUGUCCGUAUUUAGAACGCGUAGUUGGUUUCCACGUACCGUUCGCCCACUCGUUCGAUCGACUAUCACAUGCGCUCUCGACGAGAUCGAUGCUGAAAGAGCGGGUAUGGUUGCUAGAGGAAAAAGUCGCCGAGUCCAGUGAAGAGGAAGACGAAAAGUUGGGUGAAUACUAUCAUGCUGCCUGUGACCCGACCGAACGCUUUCUCGAACUUAAUGUUAGACAGCCGUUGCUGUCCACGUUGGUCCUACACCAGGAUCAGGGUCAGGCUUAUGCUUCUUUAAACUAUCGUGCGAUUAUUGGGACGUUUCGACAGCUCCCGCUAUUGCGCCAUCUUUCGAUAUCGGGACUUGUUUCAUUCUCUAAUUUGGCCUUGUACGCCUUGCCGCUAAACUUGGAGACCUUGCGGCUUGAGAACCUUCCUGGAAUCAACGACAAAGGCCUCCAACGAUUCGCUUCUUCUCAGCUAACCGUAUCUAUCAAGAAGCUAACACUCGUUGAUCUAAAAGUACGCAGUUUGGUCACGGUAUCAUAUGUCUUAUCUACUGACCUCGAAAACCUGGAGCAUUUCUCCUUGGUUCAGCACCAAGCGCCUGGCCUCCCGUCACAGAUCCCGGUGCCCGGUUUUAAAUCAAGGUCAUUACAAUGCCUCCACUGGGAAAUCCGCUCCCAGGCUUGUCCCGUCCCAGCUAUAUUAUCACCAUCCUCACCAGAUUCGACAGUUUUGCCGUCCUUUCCCUUCACCAAUUCAGACCCAAUAUCCUGUCUUGCUACCUUCCUUCUAGCAGGAAGUAUCAAAGACGGUGCAUUCCCCUCCCUCCGUCGGAUCCGCAUCCCUCAUGACCCGCAAGGUCUGAUUCAAUCCCUGUGCAAACCGCUCGCCACGGCCUUACUCCCCACGGAUACCGCCCUGCUCCAAAAACCACAGCGGAUCUCGAGCUCGAAUGGCUUCUCGACCGUGCUCGACAACAGCAGUUCACUUUCGCCAAAGAUGCAUGGUUUCUCCACGUACAUUACUCCAUCGAAUGCACGCGCAGACUCCGCGAUUGACUCUCCGACGUCGGUGGGUACUUUCGCGCAGGAAGCGUUUAUCCCAAUGCGAUCGCGCCUUGCUGCCCAGUCGCGUAUUAUCGCUGCAAGGAAGAACACAUAUAUGACUGUGCGCGUGUAUGAUCCCGAGGGCAUUCUUCGACUUGAGAAAGAUAUUGGCGGAUUUAUGGGUCAAAUUGGGAGCAAGAUCACGUAUCACUUGAAGGCUGAUAAAUCACGAUCAGGCCAUGGACUUGUCGGGAUUAACGGUCCGGAGCGGAGCGAAUGGAUUAUUAAGAUUGAAGAUCUAGUGGGCGAAAGUGAGGCUGCGGAUGUGGAGUGUGAGGAUUCUCGGAGAGAUUGCGGGCAUCUCGUAGGCAGUAGAGUAGGGGAUAGUUUUGUGAGAGCUGAGGCCAUAUUCUGAGUUCGCGGGAAAAGACGCA